AUGAGUUUGACUGAAUCACAUCUUAUUGGAAAUAUUGAUAUUCCUUUACAAGAAACUACAUACCCAAAACACUUUUUAGAAAUAGUUGAAAAUAACCCUAAUAAAGAAUGUUUUGUAUUUAGGUCUAGUAGAACUGGAGCAAAUAUUAGACAUACAUACUCCCAGUUACUUAAUACAUUAAAUAGUGUAAUUCAAGGAUUUAAAAAUGAAAUUCAUAUGGAAUUACAUACAGUUGUUGCUAUUUAUCUUCCAAAUUGUUGUGAAUACGUUUAUUCACAAUUAGCUGCAUUAUGUGGAGGUUAUAUAAUGAUGCCAUUAAACCCAUUAUAUACAAAACCACAACUUGAAAGACUUUUACCAAGAGUAAAUCCAUCAGUAAUUAUCUCAUUGACAGCAAUGAAACAAAACAUUCCAAACGGUUACAAUGUUUGUUUUAUUGAUUCUAAUUUAGAAGAAGACCCUUCAAAUAAAAUUUAUUCUUUGAAAAAAUUUCUUUCUUCUCCUUGUGAAAGAAACUACAUAAAAGAGGUAUCUGAAAUUUUAAAACCAAAUGAUAUUUCAUUUUAUGGAUGUACUUCUGGAUCAACAGGAGAACCUAAAAUUUGUACUUAUACCCAUUUUGCAAUGAUUAAUCCAUUCAUCACUCUUGAUCAUACUACAAAUACUCCAGUUGAAAGAAGAAGAGCUCUUUGUUUUACACCAUUGUUUACUACAGCAGCACACUUCCAAAUUGAUGCUAUUUUUGCUGCUGGAGCAACUGUUGUUGUUUGUGAUAAAUUUGAACCAGAAAGUAUUCUUAAAUUUAUUCAAGAAGAAAAAAUUACUAACGUUAAUUGUGCUCCAUCAGGUAUUUUAGCACUUAUUCAUCAUCCUAGUUUUAGUACAGAAAAAGUAAAAACUGUAGAACAUGUUAUUAUGGGAGGUGCAGUUGUUAGUGAUGCUUUAAUGAAUGAAGCACAAAAUAAAAUGGGUCUUCUUGACUGUAAAUCUGGUUAUGGUAUGACCGAAACAUGUGGUGUAAUGUAUACAAUGACUACUACAGUUGGACAACUUCAACCACAUUAUGAAUUAAGAAUUGUUGACCAUGUAACUCGUAAGAUUACACCAGUUGGAGUUCCAGGAGAGAUUGAAGUGCAUACUAAAAUUAUGAUGUCUGGUUAUUUAAAUAAUGAAAAAGCAAAUAAAGAAUCUUACACUGAAGAUGGAUGGUUUAAGACUGGUGAUGAAGGUAAUUUAGAUAAAUAUGGAAGACUAAUUAUUACUGGAAGAGUGAAAGACAUGAUUAUUCGAGGUGGUCAUAAUGUGUUCCCAUCAGAAAUUGUUGAUACUCUUCAAACACAUCCUAAUGUUGUUUUAUGUGGAUGUGUAUCUGUUCCAGAUAGAGCACAAGGAGAACUUAUUGUUGCAUUUGUUACAUUAAAGAAAGAAACAAAAGAAAGUGAGUUAAAAGAAUUUUGUAGACAAAGAUUAGUAUCAUUUGCAGUACCAACACAUAUCUUUGUAAUAGAAAAGAUGCCAUUAAACAGUUUUGGUAAAGUAUAUAAUCCUGAACUUAGAAAGAUCGCUGCAGAAAAAAUUAAAAUAUAUUGGCAAAAUAAAUGUGAAAAUAAUCCAUGUCCUCCAUCAACUGAAGCUGGUAAUGCUCUUGCUUCUUUAUGGUCAGAAUGGUUUGAAAUUCCACAAAAAGCUAUUUCAAAAGAUAUGAAUUUCUUUGAUAUUGGAGGAGAUUCAUUAGUUGGUAGUCAGACUGUAGGAUUAAUAAGAAAAUUUGUUUCAGAUGCACCAUUUGAUUUAUUAACUAAAUGUCCAACAAUAGGCCUUUUAGAAGAGUAUGUAUUAAAUCCAAAACUUGACCUUAUCCAUCCACAAUUUAAGAAAGAUAUUGAAGAUAUUCAAAACCUUAAAAUGGAACCAAUUCAAAUUGAAUCAAACCAAAAGAAAGUUGCUUUCUUAACUGGUUCUAAUGGAUUUCUUGGAGUUCAUUUAAUUCAAGCACUUCAAAAGAAAGGAUAUCAUGUUCUUUGUUUAGUUAGAUCAUUAACAAUUAGUGAUGGAUGGAAACGAAUAACACAAUCAGCAACUAACUCUCAAAUAACACUUGACCUUAAUAAAAUCGAAAUUAUUUGUGGAGAUGUUUCAUUAGUAAAAUGUGGAUUAAAAGAUGAUGUUUUUAAUUCUAUUGUUUCUAAAAUUGGAUUAAUUAUUCACAACGCUGCAUUUGUUAAUUGGAAUAGAAGUUAUGUUGAUAUGAGAGGUUCUAAUUAUAUUGGAACUCAAAAUGUAAUCGAAUUCGCUACAAAAGCUAAAGUUCCAUUUAUUUAUGUAUCAUCUAUUGGAGUAGCUGCAUGUGUUGGAGGUAAAGAAAUAAUACCAGAUGGUACUGUUUUACCAUUUAAGGCAAAUGGAUAUAUUCAAACCAAAUGGAUGAACGAACUUUAUUUAAAUAAAUUAAGAGGCUUUGGAUAUAAGAUUGGUAUUUUAAGACCAGCUUUUAUUUCUGGUAAUUCUGUAUCUGGUUGUUCUAACACUGACGACUUUAUUUGGAAGUUAGUACGUUUACUUGUAAAUAAUGGACUUUCUCCAAAUGAACAAAAAAUGAUUCUUACCCCAGUUGAUUUAGUUGCUAAUGCAUUCACUGAAGCUGUUAAUAAUCUUCCUAUCGCAGCUAAUUUAAUACCAUUACAUCCAGCUGAUAUUAGUUAUGUUUGUGAUCUUGUUGCUAAACGAAUGAAUAAAACUAUUGAACACAAACCAAUGAAUGAAAUUAAAGAACAACUUAUUUCAUUAGCACAGAGUGGAAAUAAAGAAGUAUUAACAUUACUUCCAUCUAUGCAAAUGAGUGGUUCAUUAGAUAUUGAAUAUAAAUGGGUUAAAGAGCAUUCUCUUGACCUUUCAGAAACACAACAAUCUUUAGAUAACUCUGUUACCUAUCUAUUUAAUACUGGUUUCUUUGGAGAAGAAUUUAGUGAUGGAAAAACACAAGCCUUUGGACGUUCUCAUUGA